ACACGCUUUUUGUCGAGCAAAAGCUCCACACAACACAGCAAGUGUACAGUACUGCCGCCCCAGAAAGCCACUUUCCCCAGCGACUUUCGCUUGCUGACGUGUCACCACAUGCAAGCUCCUGACAUGGCGGCGUACCCUCUGACUGAGCGGGCUUGAGCAGAAACACACGUGGCACAGGCAUUGGGAAUCUCUUAGCUUGCUGCGUCAGAAGCUGAUGUCCUUCGUCGGUCUUGUGAAGUCGAAGCUGACACGAAGUGGCAGGCAGAGUAGAGGUCCCCAGGCACCCUGCGUUGAGUCAACAAGCUUGAUCUUCAACUGGGGGAACCCGACCCGCCUAGGCAGGCAGGCAGGCAGGCAGGCAGCCUUUCGGAGACUCACUUGCGCCGCUCCCUCAGUCGUCAGAACCCGACUUUCGGCCCAGCUGGCCGCUCAGCAAUUCGCUCCGCAAUUCGCGCCGUGAUGGACGCUGUGGUGUGCCGGCGCGUGGGGUCUCUCAAGCCGUCCGCCCCGCCCUCGGAGAAGGACGCCUUACUCGCAUUUGAGCGCAACUUCGUGGUCCCUUCCCUCCCCCGCGCCCCCUCCUCCAAACGCGCCUCUUCCCUCCUCAUCCGCGUGGCAGCAGCCAGUCUAAACUUCGCCGACGCCCUGCAAAUAAUGGGGCAGUACCAGGAACGCCCCCCGGUGCCGUUUGUCCCGGGGGCGGAGGUGGCGGGGGUGGUGGAGGAAGUGGGGGAGGGCGAGGGGUUUAAGAGAGGGGAUAGGGUUUGUGCCGUGGUGGGAGGAGGAGGGUUUGCAGAUCUCGUGGUAACGAAUGAAGGCUCUUGUUUCAAGCUACCCCCAUCAGUGCCCUUCCCUGCAGCAGCGGCGCUGCCAGUGGCGUUUGGCACGGCGCACGUGGCUCUGGCGCACAGAGCGUGCGUGGGGAGGGGGCACGUGGUGCUGGUGCUGGGGGCGGGAGGCGGCGUGGGAGUAGCAGCCGUGCAGAUCUGCAAGCUGCUGGGAGCCACGGUCAUUGCUGUCGCCAGAGGCGCUGAGAAAGCCCGCCUCCUCUCCUCGCUCGGUGCGGACCUGAUAAUCGACACGGCGCAGCACACCCAGAAAGACGCCAUCCGCGAGCAGACCAGGCAGUUUCUGAAGGACCGAGGGCUCCCAGGGGGGGUGGAUGUGCUGUUUGAUGCGGUGGGCGGGGAGCAGUUCAAGCAGGGCCUGCGGGUCAUGCGGUGGGGCGGCCAUGUGCUCAUUAUCGGGUUUGCCAGCGGUGCCAUUCCCAGUAUUCCGGCUAACAUCGCCCUCGUCAAGAACCUCACCAUUCACGGCAUCUACUGGGGCAGCUACAUGCAGCAUGACCCCUCCGUCCUGCGUUCUUCCAUGCGCCAGCUGCUCUCGUGGCUGGCUGAGGGCGCUAUCUCCGUGCACGUCUCGCACACCUUUGGCUUUGACCAGGUGCACCAAGCAAUCUUAACUCUCCUGAAACGCAAGGCAGUUGGCAAGGUGGUGCUGCUGCCUCCCUCUACUGCUGGUGGUGCUGGUGGUGGUGCCAUCACUGGUAGCACGGGUCACAAAAGCCGAUUGUGAGCCUCACUGGCUGUACCUUACUGAAUGUUCGGCAGAUGAACAAAGCCGCGUGCAUAGGGGUCUUGUUGCUGCUGCUGGUGAUGCCAUCACUGGUAGCACAGGUCACACCAGCCGACUGUGAGCCUCAUUGGCUAUACCUCACUGGCUAUAGCUCUUCACUGAAUGUUCGGCAGAUGGUCGAGGCCGCAUACGUAGGGGCCUUGCUGUGGGGGUAUUGCCGCUGUUGCCCUUCCAUUUGUGCCGGUUGCUUGGGUGGUUGGUGAGCAGUGGAGGGAGACUCUGCCUAUAACUCUGUGAUUUAGGCAAAUCUGCCCCUGUAUGCUGUACAGUGCUUUAAUGCAGACUCUAGUUACUGGGGCAUGGUGACGACCGGGCUCUGGAUGUCUAGGCGGUUAAGUGAUGUGCAAUUGGAGCUUGCACAAAUCUUGCAUUGUACACACAGCC